AAAAAAAAAAAUACCAAUGGAAAUUAUUAUAAUAAUAGGGUGAAUGAACUGAAACUACAAAUUCAGCUCUCACAGAAGCUUUGAUCCUUUCUCUUGUUACUUUUUAUAUUUUCAUUAGGGAUUUUGUUCUCCACACAAGAAAUUCGAGCCUUUAAGACUGAUAACAGCUCUUGAUGUAAGAGGUCCUUCCUGAUUUUUCUUCUUCUUGUUUUUGGGUAAUUGAAGCUAAGAGAAAGGAGAAAAAUGAGGGGAGUUUUGGUUGAAUUAUUACUCAUAAUAAUUGUUUUGAACGUUAUCCAAUUAACAUCUGCUACCAUUCUUCUCAAAUCGUUUUCCAUGUCAUUUGCUGAUCUUCCUGCCAAAUUCGCUGCUGGUGUGAAUAGCUCUGGUAUAUGUGGAGCUUUACACAUAGCAAACCCUUCGAACGGUUGCAGCCCACUAAAAAAUGAUCUUCUUCAUCAGUCAAAAAACAUAACUGAUGGAGUAAGGUUUGCACUCAUUAUAAGGGGUGAAUGUUCUUUUGAAGACAAAGUCGUCAAUGCCCAGAAGGCUGGAUUUGGUGCUGUAAUUGUGUAUGACAACAUAGACAAGGGAAAUUUAGUUUACAUGAUGAUACAUCGGGAGAAUGUUUCAGUGAAUGCAGUUUUUACAUCUAAGAACGCUGGUCAAAUUUUAAGGGAACAUGCUGGGGGUAAAGAUGGUGAAUGCUGCAUCUUCCCAUAUAAUAAUGAAACAGCUUGGACUGUUCUGGCGAUAUCGUUCAUCUCUUUUCUUGUCAUAUUAGUUAUCUUGCUAGUGGCAAUCUUUACUCCUAGACAGUGGUUGACUUCAAGGGGAAGAAAUAAUCUCCCUAAAAAUGUAGAUACUAAAUUAGUGGAAGCCCUGCCCUGUUUUACUUUCAAUUCCACCCAGUUGAUUGAUAGUCAUGCUGGAGAAACUUGCGCCAUCUGCCUUGAAGAUUACAAAGAUGGAGAGAUCCUCAAAGUUCUCCAUUGCCGACACGAAUUUCAUUCAAGCUGUGUGGACUCAUGGCUGACUAAGUGGGGAACAUUCUGCCCUGUAUGUAAGCUUGAUAUGAGAACCAAAUAUGAAAAUUCCGAGGUAAAAAGGAGAACCUGGCUAUAAAAAUCAGUCAAUAAAUGAAGAUUCCCAACUGUGGUAAGGAGUUGAAUUUAAGAAAGAUAUGGUUCUUGUAUUCUCAACUCCAAUCCCUCAGCUAAACACAACAAGAUUCUAAACACCCCAUCAGCGGAAUUCACUCUUUAACCACUCCAGACCAGAUUGCCUUCCUCUCUUACAUCUUGUGAGGCUUACCAAGACACCUGGAUGAUGAUACAAGUAUAGAUUGUUAUAUGAAGAUUUGUGUGUACAUGAAAGAGAGCAAACUCUAUCAAAGUAUCUUCAUUAAUUCAGGUGAAAUGUUGGUGUUAUCGAUGGCUUGCUGGCUCCUUCAACUGUCCUAUCCAAGGCAGUGUUCUUAAACCUGAUGUCACAACAACUAUUAGGCCAUGUUAAGUGUUAAUUAAGAUUGUUUGAGCUUGGAUCUUAGUAGAAUUACUAUCCUUAUUGGAAAUAUAACCCCAUUGUUAGCUUAGCAAACUGUCUUUCCUUGCUUGGGUUCUUGAUUUAUUUGUUUGUUUCUUAAACGUUUAUAUAUGUACUAGUAAACAUUCUGCAAAAAAUUUAUGAUAUAAAUACUUAAAAUAUUAAAUUUAUUGCUGAUAAAUACCGAAAUUCAAAAAAAUACUAACAUAUAAUCUUCA